AUGUUGUUUUUCAAAUGGGGGGAAAAGGCUCCUGGCCCUGAUGGUUUUACAGGUCUGUUCUUUCAGAAACAAUGGGAUAUUGUAGGGGAGGCUGUCAUUGACAUGACUCAAACCUGCUUUAGAACAAGGCAUAUUUCUAAAGUCUUUAAUCAUACCAAUAUUUCUCUUAUCCCUAAAGUUCCUCUUGAUGAACUUGUGUCUCAAUAUAGACCUAUAGGGCUUUGCAAUUUCAUUUAUAAAAUUCUUUCAAAAACUCUUGUUAACAGACUCAAAACUUUAAUGAAUAACAUAAUUUCCCAAAAUCAAAGUGCCUUCAUCCCUAAGAGGAGUAUUUUUGAUAAUAUUCUGCUAGCUAAUGAGGCUAUAUUUGUUGUCAAUCAUAAUGACAAAGUUGAAGGCAUUGUUGCCAUUAAACUUGAUAUGUCUAAAGCCUAUGAUAAGUUAGAAUGGUCCUUUCUUGAAAGUGUCUUGACUAGAAUGAGUCUCUCUAACCACUGGAUUAAACUCAUAAAUCAGUGUGUUUCUAUAGUUUCCUACUAUGUCCUCCUCAAUAGUAUCCCUACUGGGUUUUUUCAACCUGAAAGAGAAGCUCUCUCUUCUUAUAUUGACAGUCUUUUAAAGAAAGAAAUUUUGGAAGGCAUCAAAGUGUGUAAAGAUGCUCCAGAAACGACACAUUUAUUAUUUGCUGAUGACUCCCUUUUGUUUUCUAAAGCUACUGUUCAAAAUUUUCAAAUUAUCAAAGACUACCUUCAAAAAUAUUGUUUGGCUUCUGGCCAAGAAUUAAAUUUUGAUAAGUCUGGUAUCUUAUUUAGUAGAAGAAUUCCUGAACAUAUGAAAUCUCAACUUGUUAACAUUCUAGAGAUUAAUAAUAGGUAUUUAGGAGAAAAAUAUCUUAGCACUCCCAUUAUGUUUCAAUCUUCUAAAAUUCAAACCCAUAUGGGUAUUCUCCAAGCUGUGGAUGCCAGAAUUUCUAUCUGGCUACAUAAGCUCCUGUCUCAAGCUUCUAGAACUACUUUUAUUAAACACAUUGGUCAAGCCAUCCCCCUCUUUCAAACGGGAGCUUUCCUCAAUCCAAAACAUCUUUGUAAACAAAUUGAUUCUCAUCUUUGUAAAUUCUGGUGGGGAGAGACUUUAGAUCCUAAAGAUAAGGAAACUGCAUCUGCUAGGGUGGGACAUUAUGUGUUCCCCCAAGGCAGAAGGUUGUCUGGGAUUAGAAAGGUUGACUUAAAUAAACUAGCUAUGUUGGAUAGGAAUGCUUGGAGAAUUCUAGAAAACCCUAAUUGUAUGCUAGCCAUUGUUCUUAAAGCCAAAUACUUUCCUAGAACUGAUUUCUUGAAUGCCAAGUGCACUAAUAAGUGUUCUUGGACUUGGAAGUGUUUGCAUUCUAUAAAAGAAAUCAUUAAGCCUUUCAUCUCCUGGAUUGUUGGGGAUGGUCACUUCAUUGACCCCUGGUAUGACAAAUGGAUCCCCACUUUGGGUACUGCCGUACCUAACCCUUUAGUCCCACCUGGCCCAAACAUUAAAGUCUAUUAUUUUAUUGAUCAUUCUACCAGAACUUGGAACAUGUCUAGAUUAAACACUCACUUUGAUAAUGCUUAUGUUAAGAAGAUUAUCACUAUUCCCUUAAGCCAGUUAUGCACUCCUGACAGGAGAGCUUGGGAACUUUCAAAGAAUGGCAAGUUUUCUUCAAAAUCUUCCUACAUGGGACUCAGAGGACUUAGUCCCUCCCCUUUUAAAAAUCUUUGGAUGCGUAUUUGGAAAAUUAGGGUUCUUUACAGAAUCCAAGUCUUCACAUGGAAAGCUGCUAGAAACGCUCUUCCUGCUAGAACUUUUUUGCGUACUAAAAUGCCCAUGCAUAAAGUUGAUUGUGCUAGUUGUAAUGACCCUCAAGAAUCUAUAAUGCAUGCUUUGGUCCUCUGUCCUUUUGCCAGUCGUGUCUGGUUUCUAUCUGAUUUUUGCAUCAAUACUCAAUUUUUUCAAAACAAAUCUUUCAUCGCCUGGAAACCCUGCUUUAUUGUUUCUCCCAUUACCCCUGUCAAUCUAUGUGAUAAAUGGAUUCCCCCUUCUUUUGGCUGGAUAAAGUGUAACACUGAUGGUGCCUAUGAUGACAUUACUAGAGCUAAUGGUGCAGGAUAUGUGAUGAGGGAUUUCUCAAUCAAAGCCUCUUUUUGUGCUUGCCUGGUUUUCGAAGUAAAGUCUGCUGAAGAAGCUGAAGCCAGAGCUAUUUGGGCAAUCCUGAAGAAAGCCUUGGAACAAAAGUUAACUCAUAUCAUCGUUGAAAGUGAUGUGAAGACUCUUAUUGAUCAAUUUUCAUCUGGCUUGUUCGAUGGAGAUUCUCGUACGAAUGCUAUCCUAAAAGACAUUCAGUUUUUCUCUUCUAAAUUAGUGGCCUGUAUUUUUAACUUUCAACUUCGUGUUUGUAAUUAUGUGGCUCAUGAGCUAGCUCAAUGGGAAAAAACAAACAAUGCCUCUAUAUACUGGUCUGUAGAGCUGCACAUAGGUCGGGCGGGUCGGGUUUUAGCUAAUACCAACUACCAACCCAACUAUAACGGGUUUUUAUUUUCAUAA